UUGAAGGCAACGUGGGUCUCGUGAACACGCCGCUCCUGGGCCUCCCCUAGGUCGACUCGGCCUCAAAUGAGUACCUGGUGCGGUGUGUAAACAUCGCCACGAGGGAGACAAAGGCGGCCGGGCGUGGUAAUGGUCACCCACCCCCUCGUGUGCCGUGCCGGCCUUCUAAAGUGCUCGCUAACAGCACUUGCCCCAGCAGUCUGUUGAGACUACACGGGGGAUCUUUGUUGUUCCCACGUGAAGUCGGGAGCCCCAGGACCAUCGGGCAUGGAGAGGCCUCGGGGGGGCUGCGAUUUGACGGCAUUCCCAUCGAGCCUCUUCCCCACCCACUACAGCACGGGGCCCGCGGCGGACCACCGCCUCACGCCCGGCACCUGGUCCCUGCUGGGGCCCGUGCAGAGGCAGGAGAACCCUGCGGACGAAGCGCGCUCCACGGCACGGCCCUUAGACGAGGUGAUACAGGGCCAGCAGCCGAGAUGGGUCUCUCAGAGACGCCACGGAGUCGAGUGGGAACCCGUAGAGCCAGUGGCGUUGCCGUUCCUGCCUCUGAGUGAAGUGUGCACGAUCCCAGACUUCGAGGAUGAGCGGAUUGAGGAAAUGAUGGGCCCAGGAAAGAGAGAGGCCUACCAUGCUAAAUCGUACAAGUUCAUCGAGCAGAUGAGCAACUUUUUCAUGGAUCAUCCCCGUGAUGCGUUCCUGUCCAUGGGAAAGCUCCUGGAGCCCUAUUUCAACUUCAGCAAUACCACGCCCAAGGCUGGAGAGCAGGUGACUGCUGGACGCAUGUUGAGCUACAGGAAGGAGAAGAAGCGGGAGAAGAUCGCUCACCUCCUGGGCGACGCGCUCUGGGAGGUGCCCCACCACGUCCUGGCUGACUGCCUCCGCGAGGAGCUUCGGGAGCGCCGGGCACGGGAGCGUUUCGAUGCAGCGUGCACGGGCGGUUGCCUCCACUACCACCCGCCGUUGGGGGCUCGCACGCACGGGCUCCUCAUUUACCCAUCGGGCAGCUGCAUGGACACCCUCUCAUUUCAGACGAUUGCGCAGAAGUGCGAGGGGAAAGCAUGUCGAUCGUCUUGCAUCAAGACGCUAAAACCGUCCGUGAAGUUCCAUCUCGCAGGAGGCAUUCGUCAGAUCAGUACCAGUUCUAUUCGACAAGAAGUUUUUGUUGGUGUUCGGUCGGAUUACUUCUGCGGGCUCUGGAAGACCGGUGGCGAGCAUCCCUUGCGGCCGCAGUGCGUCGAGGUGGUGCAGCUGGAGGAACCCGCAACAUGUUUGACCGUCAGCCCCCACAUCCCCGGCGAGCUGCUGGUUGCCAGCGAAAGUGGCAGCGUCUACCUCUGGGUCGCGCAAAAAAGCAGCCUGCAGUGCGUGCGGAGGGAGACCAGGAACCUGCAUUUUGAUGCCGAAUCUCGGUGGCGCUGGUGCCACUUCACCGCUCACCCGCGCGUCAUCACGUACGCCGACCGCACGGGCGUGGAUGCCACUGACGCCAGGAUCGGUCGAGCGGGAAACACAUCGCUCUUCCGGAUCGGCGAGGCGGCCGGAUGCCAGCAGGGAGAACGAGUUGUGCUCAGCCAGCACCUGGACCCGGUUAACCCUUUCCACUUCUUGGUGACGACGCAGUACUCGGCGUACCUCAUGGACGAGCGGCUGCCCAUUCUGCCCAUGCUGCGCUGGAACCACGGCCUCACCUAUCCUCCCCUGUUCGUGCACGCCACGCAUGGGCCCGGCGGCGGCAUCAGCAGCAGCGCCGCCUCCGGGGGUCAGCGCCAACACCUGCUCCUGGGCACGCAGAGGAAGCACGAGCUGCUGAUGCUGUCGUACACGGGUGGUGGUCAAGAGCCGUGCUGCACCACCUCGCUGCCUCGCAAGCUGGCGUGUGCAAGCGAGUGGCUGGGUCACGUCCGACCACUGCUGCCUCAUCAGAAGCACCUGCUGCGGCGCAGACUGGAAUCCGCAGGCGCAGGGGUGACGGCCAUUCCACACCAGGGCAGCUGUGGCCGCCUCACGGUGCUGCAGCUCUCCGUAGCCGGCGACAUUUUCUACCAAACGCUGCGGCCUGGCGCCCCUGGAACCGCGAAUGCUGUCGACUGCGCGACCGAGCCGCCCUCCGCGACCCACGAUGCCGCCCCACCUGACCCAGCGAUGCUGGCCGCGCCUCGCAGGGUGAUUCCGCCACCGAGCGGCGGCACGAAGGCGCUCGAUUCGAGGGGCGACGGGAGUGGCUCAGCGGUCGCGGACAGUGAGACAGGAGGAGGAGGAGGAGAAGUUGCCUCUAAUGGAAGUGCGGAUCUUCUCAGAUCAGAAGUGAAGCGCUGCCAGCGGUGGGCUUCCAGCUUCCUGUUGCUGCAGCGGCGGGCGGCAGGCAAAUUGCCGCCGUACCGAGCCAGACGCCAACAAGGCAGGCUCUUCCGUCACCUGCAUCGCCGGAUGCCCGAGAAGCCGUCUGACUUUAGCAGCAUCGUCGUCGGCCUGGUGCGAGCCAAGCUGCGAGCCGGAGUGGCGACGGGCGCGGAGGUCGCUGUCACGGCGGGCAGGGGCAGCACCGAGGAGGAGAGGAGCGAGGAGGUGCAGGCGCAGCCUUCGCUGCAGCUGCUGCUGCCUGUGCUGUCACUGACACAGGAAGAGGAACCGGUAUUAUUUCCCAAGCCCGUGGCGGACGCGGAGGCGAAGGACGAGCUGAGCAGCCGCCUGACGGCAGCAUGGCACGGUGAGUGGCACGAGUGGUGGGAGGAGAAGCUGGGCAUAGCGUCCAAGAGGAGGGCGCGGGACGCUCGACAGCGCCGGAGGGAGAAAAAGUUGCGCGGCCGACGCCACCGACGCCUCCAGGGCAGCUACUCGUCCACCGCAUCCGAAUGGGCGACCGAAUUCUCUGAGACCAUGAGCUGCUCUGGGAAGAGCUUUACUUCAGUUGACCUUUUCUCUCAGUCAUCCCACCCGGAUGAGGUAGAAUUGGAUCUUGACAUCUUGCAAGGUCAUUACACAGAUGACACCCGAGCCUCAGCUGCAAUGGGUAUCGACUCUUCGCAACACUCUCUCUUUGAGGAUGACGCACAUGUAGCUGCCUCCAGCUCAAGACCCUCCUUGUUGGGGGCAUCGAGCCAAAACCUUCCCAGCUCCAUCUUGAAGAAAAACCCUUCCAAGACGACACAGCAAUCGCUCGCAGAGACAGCAGUGCAGGACAAAGUAGAACUGUGGACGAACACGUUCUUUGGCGAGAGCCUGUCGCAGAUGUCCCAGUCAUCCACACCCUUCUUCUCCCGUGCCAGGCGGCCGGCUCAAGCCUCUGACCUGCAGAGGCAGUCCCCAAAGCCGUUGUCGCCUUCGCUCAGUUCCCUCCAGAAAGAGCCCUCCUCGUCCCAGCACCUCGGACCAGCGCAGGGCAACGGCCUGCAGCGGGAGGAAGAGCCCUCGAGUGGCGUGGACGGCCGAUCCCAGGAGGCUGAUGCCGCUGUCUCGCGGCCGGCCAGCAGCAUGCUACUGCCGUUUGGCUUCUCGUCCCAGCCGUCAGGAGGCUCCCCCAUGCCGUGGAUCGUCACCUCCAACAGCCAGGGCAGCUCCUCGACGCCGCUGCCACAGAGGCCGUCCUCGCAGUCGGCGGCCUCCCUGCUCAAGAAGAAGAAGAGGUUCACUAUGGGCUUCUGAAAGCACGGCCAGACCAACGCGACGUCGUGCACCGUCGGCGCGCGAGACCAUUUAAGGCGUGAUGUCACUUUUGUGAACGUGUAGUUUUAAUGUAAAUUCGUUUCACCAAAAUCACGUUAAAUUCGCUCGCGCGUUAAUGGUGUGCAUUACGGCCUACACGAUCGUUGGUUAAACCAGAGUUGAAAAUGUUACACCUAACACCGUCUAACUCAAUAAAUCAAUUAUGAAUCCGAGCCUUCUGAUGUCAGUUAAUUACCUGCAUCUGUUUCCUGAUGUCAGAUGCAUUCUGGGUCAUGGUAGAUGCAUGUACAUAUGUUAUUUAAUAAUUAAAAUUAUGUUUAUACUAAAAAUAAAGCGUGCAUUU